GGGUAUCUUCCCAAGUGUUUUCUUAAGGUUAAAUGCUAAUAGAAGGAAUAGAGAUACCAAUUAAUUAAUUAAUUAAUUCUCCUAAUUGUAAAAGAACAGGCAAAGUUGGUGACGGCGGUGGAUUCUGGCUCUUGCUCGCGGCGCCAAGCAUAAACAUCUCAGAUCUCCCUUUCUCUCUCACCUUUUCUCGUUUUUCUCUGAUAAUUUCGCAGAAAGUUAAAAAAAUUUGCUCAUCUCUCUCACCUAUGGAGUAUAUUACGAUGAAGAACGAUGAAAUACAGGAAGAAAUCCCCGAUAAGUUUCUCUGCUGCGUUUGCCUGGAUCUUCUUUACAAACCAAUUGUGCUAUCUUGUGGUCACCUAUCAUGUUUUUGGUGCGUCCACAAAUCCAUGCAUGGCCUGUUUAAGUCUCAGUGUCCCAUUUGUAGAGACCCGUAUGCUCACUUUUCAAGUGUCUGCCAAAAGCUUCAUUUUCUGCUAAAGAAGAUUUAUCCAGAUGCUUAUAAGAAGAGAGAAGCAGAAGUUCUAAAGGAUGAACAAGAAAUGGCUUGUUUUUCUCCUCAGAUUGAUGAACCAAAGGCUAUUGAUGAGUCUGUAUGUAGUGAAGGUUCUCAAGUUGUCUCUGAUAAGCGGAAGGUGGAAGAAGAGCGCUCUAAUGCAGCGAAUGAAGAACACAAAGAUGCAAAAAUUCUUGAGAAUGUCUUACCUAAGAAUAAUGAAGUCAGUAAGCAAAUUUCAAAAGACGAUUUGCUCUGUUUAGCGUGUAAGGAGCUGCUUGUGCGGCCCGUAGUUCUCAAUUGCGGACAUGUGUAUUGCGAAGGAUGUGUAGUAGACAUGGUUGGAGAAAGCGAGAAGAUCAGAUGUCAAGAGUGUCAUAUUUGUGACCCGAGAGAAUUUCCAAAAGUCUGUUUGUUUCUUGAGCAGCUUUUGGUAGAAAACUUCCCUGAAGAAUACGAUUUAAGGAAGAGUGGGAUUCACAAAACUCUUGCCCAUUAUAGCAAAGGAAAUUCUCAAAGCCAUCACAAAGAAGGGACAUCCUUAUCAGAGGACAACAACAACCGCAACGACGACAGUGAUGUUCCCUAUUUGGUAAACCCUGCAUCUUAUGUUCACAGAGGUGUCGGUUGUGAUUCUUGCGGAGUGUAUCCAAUCAUAGGUGAUCGAUACAGAUGCAAAGACUGCAAGGAGAUGAUAGGCUAUGACCUAUGCAAAGACUGUUACGAGUCUCCUUCGAAAAUUCCAGGGAGAUUUAACCAGCAACACACUCCAGAUCACAGGCUCGAGCUCGUUGCUGUGCGUGUGAUUGUGAUCAAUGGUGAUUCUAUGGGUUUGGUUGUAGGACCCAACUCUGCAAAUACUGUCAUGGUUGUAGAAGAAGAUGAUGAUGAGAGCGACGAAGAGCCUCAUGAUGCUAAUGAGUCACCAUCAUCAAGCACAGAAUGAAAUAGCAGUCUUGAGAGUUUAUUUGGAAUCUGAGAGAGAGAGAGAGAGAGAGACAUGGUGUGUGCUUGUUUGUGUCUGUAUAUUUAUUUACAAAACAAAUCUGUGUUUUUUUAAACGAUUUAGACAAAGUUCGUUUGUUUAAUUAUAAACUUACAACGCAAACAAAUACAAUUUCUUGUUUUUGAAUCUCGUUGCUCAUGUGUAAAAAGUCAGAGAAUUAGGGUUUGUGGGUUUAAAAAAAGAUCUUUUAU